CGCAAACUUGACCCAAAUUCGAAACGCGUCCUCGCGUCCGCGGUCCAAAAGCCCCUGCCCCUCCUCGCUCUCUCUCUCUCUCUUGUGCCUCCUCCCUUCGCAAUCGCCGCCGUGUCCGUGCAGCCCUCGCCGCGAUCUCCCUUCCCCUCCUCCUCCCGAUCCCCACCAUGGCUGGAAUAAGGCUGACGCCGGAGGAGCCCGAGCUGCCGCAGGGCACCCCGCCCCGCCCCCAGCUGCCGCCCGCCUUCGCCGGCGCGGGCGCCGUCCUGGCUGGCAGUGGCAGCGGCGGCGGCGGCGGCCUCGAGAUGGCGUCGGACGACGAGCGGUCGGUGGCGGCGGACUCGUGGUCCGUGCGGAGCGAGUACGGGAGCACGCUCGACGACGACCAGCGGUACGCCGACGCCGCCGAGGUGCUCGCGGCGGCCGCGGCCUCCGCCAACUUCCCCUCCGGUGCCUCCGAUUGCUGUUCUGACAAAGAUGAUCAAGAUCCUAGCGAGGUUGAAGGCUCAAUGCUGGGGCUCCAAAGUUAUUGGGAUGCUUCUUAUUCAGAAGAUCUUGCAAAUUUUCAGGAACAUGGGCAUGCUGGAGAAAUAUGGUUUGGUGCAGAUGUAAUGGACACCAUGGCUGUUUGGACAAAAAAAUUGUGUAUAGACAUUAUUAAUGGUGGGACUCCAUCUGGUAAUGAAAGCAUCAAUUGUGAAGUUGAUGAGAAGCAACUAUCCAACUACCCUGUGCUCGAUGUUGGAACUGGGAAUGGGCUUCUUUUGCAAGCACUUGCCAAGCAGGGGUUUUCAAAUUUAACAGGGACUGAUUACAGUGAAGGAGCCAUUGAACUUGCAAAAAACCUUGCUGCACGUGAUGGGUUUACUUCUAUAAAUUUCUUGGUUGAUGAUAUACUUGAGACAAAGUUAGAUAGAAAAUUCAAAAUUGUUACAGACAAAGGGACAUUGGAUGCCAUUGGAUUGCACCCUGAUGGUCGUAUAAAAAGAGUAAUGUAUUGGGAGUCUGUAUCGAACUUGGUUGAACCUGGUGGCAUUGUGGUCGUAACAUCGUGCAACCACACAAAGGAUGAGCUUGUGCAAGAGGUAGAAGAUUUCAGUAAGACGAAAUCUGGUAAGGAACACUUGGAUGAAGGUGAAGGUAAUGUGCCACAGAUCUUCCGGUACAUCGAUCAUGUCCGGACAUACCCUACCAUUAUGUUUGGAGGGGUUGAGGGUUCUCAAGUGUGCACGGUGGCCUUCCAACGGGUGUGAGAACUGAGAACCACUCAUUCUUGGCCGUUUAAUUAUGUUGUCACCCGAAGAACUAGAGAGAAGGAAGUUACGUACUUCACCUCUGAGAUUAUUAUCAUCUCUGCUCAUCGUAGUUUAGCCCUUCUGUACGGUGUAGCUCAAUGUAUCCUUGGUUAUAACUGUUACUAUACCAGACUAGAGCACGGGACUGUUCCAUUUCAGUUACCCAGAAAGAGAGUAUUAGGACAUCUCCGAAGCAAUUUUUGCAAUCAGGCAUCCUUACCUGUACUAUUAAUUCACCAUGAGCUUUUACACCGCAUUUUUGUUUGAAGCUA